AUGGACUCAAAUCACACCGCCACAAAACAAUCCACCUCCAAAAACCCCGUCAUGUUUCGUCCGCCUGUCAAUCGCGCAAUGCGCGUCCUCGACCGCUCCUUCUUCAAAAAGACCGUCCCCGUCUCCGCGGCCACUGUGCUAGAGAACAAGAACAUAUCGUUGGUGCGCAAGAAAUUGGAAUCGAGUAAAGAUGCGCUCGACCUGCCCCGAUUCAAUGGUUGUACCGCGCCCAUGUCGGAGAAGUUGGUUGUGAGCAGGGAUGGACAGAUAUUGGAGUUGACGGGGCAUGAGUCGAGGAAGAAGAGAUGUUUGGUUUUGAGGGAGGAUAUUAAAUAUGAUGAUGCGACUACGUGGUCGCCGAUUUUGAAUGAGUUGGUCGAAACUGGAAUGAUCGGGCUAGGUCCUUAUACGAUUGAUUUGGACUAUUCAUACUGGACUUAUGCGGAGAUUAUUGAGGCAAUUCUCCCAGAGGAGGAUGUUGCGGACGGAGAAUUUCCAGAGGGAUUCACAUUGACGGGACAUGUUUUACAUUUGAACCUACGAGAACGAUGGUACCCUUAUAAACACCUAAUUGCGGAAAUUCUCAAAGAUAAGAACCCAAAAGUGCGCACUGUGAUCAAUAAAACUAAAGUCGUUGGGUCGGAAAGUGAAUUCCGCACGUUUCCUUUUGAGAUCCUGGCUGGCGACAACGAUAUGAAUGUUACUGUUCACGAGCAAGGAUGCGAGUUCCAAUUUGACUUUUCACGGGUCUAUUGGAACAGUCGUUUGGAAACUGAGCAUCGGCGACUAUGCGAUAAGUUCAAGGAGGGUGAACUUGUCUGCGACGUUAUGGCUGGAGUCGGUCCAUUUGCUGUCCCCGCAGGGAAAAGAAAGAUCUUCGUAUGGGCAAACGAUCUAAACCCUCAUGGGUUUGAGAGUAUGGAAGACGCGGUGACACGAAACAAAGUCCACCAGUUUGUGACACCGUUCAACAUGGAUGGACGAAAAUUCAUCCGUGAAUCGGCCAAGAUGAUAACAUCCCCCGCGACAACGGUGGUCAUUCAACCCAGGAUCCCGGCCUCGCUUAAACGAGCCAAACUCGACGGAAGUGGAAGAACGCCAGCUCCUCCGCCUCAGAUAUUUACUCGGCCACCUACAGUUAAUCACUACGUAAUGAACCUACCCGCAACUGCAAUUGAGUUCCUUGAUGCUUUUGUCGGCGUCUACACUGGCAUGGAAACGCGCUUUGAGCCGUAUGACCCCGAGCAGAAAUUACCAAUGAUACACGUCUACUGCUUCUCGGGCCAUUCAGAGAACGUCCGAGAUGACCAUGAAGAUAUUUGCAAACGCAUCUCGGAGCGUAUGGGAUUCACGCUCUCGCCGGAUGAUACGGUUGAUGGAACUGGCAAUCGGGAGAGGGAAUUGGAGAUUUUCAAUGUAAGGUUGGUGAGUCCGACAAAGCAGAUGUUUUGUGCUAGUUUCAGGCUGCCGAAGGAGGUGGCGUUUGUGAAGUAG